CUCCUCGCUUAAACAGACCCAGGAGCUGUUCAGGCCACGUUGAAAAAGAUUGUUCUUCUCGAUUGUUGUUUCCUGCCCCCUUCCCCUUCCUGAAAAUUACUCGUAACUUCUCAAAAAAAGAAUUGCCUCUCUUCGAGGUUUUCGUGACUUUAAAAAAACUAAAAUAAAAAAAAAAGGCCAAAAUGUCUGCAGAGACCGCCACCAACCCUCCAGUUGACACAACUCCAGGUGCUGCACCUGAGUCUGCCACGAAUGGCAGCAAUGCUAACGUCGCCGCCGAUACCACCGCUGGCGAAGCUAGCCAGACUACCUCCUCUACCACCCCGACCGCUCAACCCCACUCUGCCUCCCUCUAUGUCGGCGAGCUAGAUCCUUCCGUCACCGAGGCCAUGCUGUUCGAACUCUUCUCCUCUAUUGGCCAAGUUGCGUCCAUCCGUGUCUGCCGUGAUGCUGUUACCAGAAGAUCUUUGGGUUAUGCCUACGUCAACUACAACAACACCGCCGACGGCGAGCGUGCUUUGGAAGAUCUCAACUAUACCUUGAUCAAGGGCCGCCCCUGCCGUAUUAUGUGGUCUCAGCGUGACCCAGCUCUCCGCAAGACUGGUCAGGGCAAUGUCUUUAUCAAGAACUUGGAUACUGCUAUCGACAACAAGGCCCUUCACGACACAUUCGCCGCUUUCGGUAACAUCCUUAGCUGCAAGGUCGCGCAGGAUGAGUUCGGCAACUCCAAGGGUUAUGGCUUCGUUCAUUAUGAGACUGCUGAGGCUGCCCAGAACGCCAUCAAACAUGUCAAUGGCAUGUUGCUGAACGAUAAGAAAGUGUUUGUUGGUCACCACAUUGCCAAGAAGGACCGUCAGAGCAAAUUCGAGGAAAUGAAGGCAAACUUCACAAACGUCUACGUGAAGAACAUCGACCAAGAUACCACAGAGGAGGAGUUCCGUGAUCUUUUCGAGAAAUUUGGAGAAAUCACCUCCGCUACUCUCGCUCGCGAUGCGGAGUCCGGUAAGAGCCGUGGUUUCGGAUUUGUCAACUUCACUAGUCAUGAUAAUGCUGCUGCUGCCGUCGAAGCCUUAAACGACAAAGACUUUAAGGGCCAGAAACUCUAUGUUGGACGUGCUCAAAAGAAACAUGAACGUGAGGAGGAGCUUCGCAAGCAGUAUGAGGCUGCCCGCAUUGAGAAGGCCUCGAAAUACCAGGGAGUCAACCUCUACAUCAAGAACCUUAGUGAUGAUAUUGACGACGAGAAACUACGAGAGCUUUUCAGCAGCUAUGGUACUAUUACCUCCGCCAAGGUCAUGCGGGAUUUCGCCCCAGAAUCAACAUCUGAUUCAGAAAAAGAGGCAAAGAAAGACUCCAAGGAACCCGAGACCAAGGAGGAGGAGCCGAAGGACGAGGCUGGCGACAAUGCCGAAAACAAGGACAACAAGGAAAACAAGGCCGAGUCCAAAAAAUCCGAGAAGAAGCCUCUUGGAAAGAGCAAGGGCUUUGGAUUCGUGUGCUUUAGCAGUCCCGAUGAGGCUUCAAAGGCUGUCACGGAGAUGAAUCAGCGUAUGGUGCACGGAAAACCUCUGUAUGUUGCAUUGGCUCAACGCAAGGAUGUUCGAAGAAGCCAGCUCGAGGCAAGUAUCCAGGCCCGUAACACAAUUAGACAGCAGCAAGCAGCCGCGGCCGCCGGAAUGCCGCAGCCGUUCAUGCAGCCUGCAGUGUUUUAUGGCCCCGGCCAGCAGAAUUUCAUUCCGAAUCAGCGCGGUGGUAUGCCAUUCCAGCAACCUGGUAUGGUGAUUCCAGGAAUGCCAGGUGGUCGACAUGGUCAGUUCGGUGGCUUCCCUGGACAACAAGGUGGCCGCGGUAUGAACCCUAAUCAGCAAAUCCCACCCAACGCCUAUGGAAUUGGUGCCCAGGGCCUACCCAUGGGUAUGCAGGGUGCUGGAAUUCCAAACGGUCUUAACUAUCCUCAGAUGGGCCAAGUACAAGCUCCAUUCGGUAGAGGACGUGGUCAAGCCCCUAGCGGCCAAGGUAUGCCGCCAAAUGUCCAAGGAAUGGGUCCAGGUGGUCAGUAUGGACGCGGAAUGCCAGUGCAACAAGGUAUGGGACGCCCAGGACAAGCCGGUCGUGGACAAGGGGCCCCAGCCCAGGCCGUGGGCCAACGUGAUGAAAACGCCAGCCCAAGUGGCCUCACUCUUCAAGUAUUGAAUGCCGCACCACCCGCCCAGCAGAAGCAGAUGCUUGGUGAGGCAAUCUACCCAAAGAUCCAGGCCCAGCAGCCUGAGCUCGCGGGUAAGAUUACGGGUAUGCUUCUAGAGAUGGAUAACGCUGAACUACUUGCUUUGGUCGACGAUGAUGCUGCCCUCAAAGCCAAGGUCGAUGAGGCUCUUACAGUUUAUGACGAAUACGUGAAGAACAAAGGUGGCGAAAGCGGAGAACCUGCGGCUGACGCAAACAAAUCGAAGGAUGCUAGCCAAGAGACCACGGAGGAAACGAAGUCUUAGAUGAGAACCCUUUGUACGGAAUGAAUGACUUGUCUUACUCGGGGCUUUUUCUUUGAUAUGAUGUUCUUUAUGAUUACUUCGCAUGUGUGAUUCAUCCUUCCUUCAUUUUUUCCAGCCUCGUAUGCUCUUAUGUUAAUGUCUUGCUCUGAUGUUCUGCUGCUUCGGAGCUUCAUGUUAAGGACGGCGUUCUUAAUGGAUAUCCAUGAGGUCUUCCGUCUCUUGAUGCAGAGAUACCAUCCGCACCUUUUCUUCUCCUCGCUUCUUCUCCGCAUCCCUUUCUCUCAGCCUGCGCGCGUCAAUUUUCUGUUCCUCGUGCGCUGCCUUGCAACAUCAGGAUUCGAAAGGCAUAAUUUCUACUUUUCCACUUUAGGACGGAAGGGAGGGCAAAAGUUCUUUGGCCUGGAUGGUUUUUUUUAUCCGUUUUCCUUUUUGUUCUUUCCCCCUUUAUUUUUUUGUCAGUCUGUCUACUUUUUUGCUUGAUACAUGUCAGUGUUGAGAGGAAUUAACAGAUUGAUAUUUCAACUUUCUUAAGCUCUACCUGGGCUUCUUUGAUUGAGACUUGGUCCAUGAGUCUGUGUACAUUAUCCGUGAUGCUAGAGAUUUUUCAUUUGCUCGACUUGUCGUUGCCGAUGCCUUUCACCGGUGAGAGCAUUGGUUGAGGAACUUGGGUACUUGUGGGGGAAUACUCAGAGAGGAAGCUGAGGUG